AUGGAUCCCGAAUCUUCUCAAAUGAAGCGGUCAACUGAUAAAGAGGAUCUUGAGGAGGUCCCAAUAAAAGUUAGUUAUCUUCUGUAGAUGAAUAGAGAGGAAAAAUUGAAACGUGAGAUUGUUGAGUAGACAUUUGCGCAUGUCUGGGCGAAAAAUCAAGAAAAGUUGUUGUGAAAUAAAAUUUUUUUUCGCAGAGAAUGUUGUUACACUUUCCUUUUCAGAGCGUACGAGCGAAUUGCUUGGCCAAAGCCCGCGCCAAACGCCAGGAGAUUGCGGAUAGGCGCCAUAGAUUGACCAUGGCAUCAGUUGCCGCUAGAAAAGCCAGGCUAAAGGUGCCAAAUGAAAACGAGGACUUCGAGGAGGAACCAGUAAAAGUAGGUGUUCUUCUGAACGAAAAAUUUGAACGUACGAUUUUUCGUUAGACAUUUUAGCAUGUCUUGGGGAAAAAAUCAAUAAAACUUGUUGUGAAAUAAAAAAAUUCAUUGUGCGAAAGUGUUGUUAUACUCAGUUUUUGCAGAAAAAUCGAGAAGGAGGUAACAAAUUGGCCAAAGCCAAUGUCAAACGCCAGGAAACCUUGGCUAGGCGUAAGAAAUUUUCUGAAGCAGAUCAUACGGCUCAAAGAAGUAAGUUGUUUUACGUUUUCCCGUUUUUGGGAACAGUCCUUGCGGCCAUGAUAAUUAUCGGUGUGCAGUUGGCAUUUUUCCUGGGCGCGAGUCGGAAAAACCUCGGGCGCGAUCCGAAACCGGUUGCGAGUCGGAAAAUAAAAACGUUUAUCGGACAAAAAAGGAAUGCCUUCUGAUUUUGCGAAUUCCGCGGGAUUUCUCAAGUUUAAUGUCUAAAAUACGGUGUUUCCAGGGAAACGGAUGGAAGUAGAUGCCGAGGAACCCGAUUCCAUCUCGGAUUGCUCGGAAAUUUCGACUUCGGCGAGCUCGGAUUUCAAUCCGACCAGUCAUUUGAAGGAGGUGAUAAACGCGGUGGGAAAGGCGAAUCAAGCCCGGCUGGAGUUGCUUUGCAAGACGCACAAGUUCUCCACGGCUACCGAGAAUGAUGUUAUGGCUACGAUCAUGGCCACUAUGGCGGAUACAAUUGAGAUUUUCCAGGAUUACGUUCCCGGCUACGUGAUGGGCGUUGCAAACGAAGCCUUCACCGACCUGUUAAAUAGGUCUUCCAGCAACAUUACUGAGGUAAUUCGCGCUGUGAAACCGCCAAUGAGAAAGGUUCAAUCCAAGCGAUCACGUAAGUUCCAGGCUUUUUGUUUGGUAUUCUUGGUUUAGAUCAAAAUUCAUUGCAAAAGCCGUUGCCGGCUCUCCGAUUGACGAACUCUCCUGGAGUGUUGAUAGAUCAUUCUGGACCUCGUCAGACGCCGAUUCAAAUACCUCCGGGGGCAAACGUCACAGUAGUCGUGCAUGUUCCAAACGGUGCAAAAGGCCCGACAGUCGGAGAUGUCGUGAAAGGAAAGAAGAACCUGCCAAAGGACUGGAAGGCGCAAGAGAUUCCAAAUGAAGCUUCGAGUACACAGACAGUGCCUUCAGAAGUGCCGUCUACAAAGAAGCCAAGAAAUUCAACGAAGAAAUCGGCCGCAAUCGACGACGAAAUGGGGCCAUCUACAUCCAAGAAGGCGAAACUUGAUAAGCCGGUGAAAGAAUCGUACUAUAUGCGGAAAAAGCGGGAGAUGCAGGAGAAGUUGGCCGCUGUAGAGGUCAAAGAAGAGCCCCAGCCCAUCAUUUAUGAGACCCCGAAAAAAAUAACUGGAUUAGCGGACUUUUUGGAACCUCAGACGACAAGCAUGAGUCAAGAAGAAAUUCUCUCGAGUUUCCAUUCGAAAAUCCUCUUGGAUAACCAUGAAAAGAAGAACAAGCUGGUUGAAGCGAGAAGCAGGGUUAGAAAAAUUAAUGCUACAACUUUUUUGGACCCAACUACAAAGGAUGACGCUUGUUUUGAAAAGUGGUGCAACGCAUCGGAAAAUUCCGCUAAAAUAAAUGAGAAAUUCGAGAAAUUGACAAGAGGAUGGGAAUAUUCUUUCAGAGGAGUGAGUUUUUUAUGGGGAUUGAUGAGAAAAGUGGGAAAUUUUAGGGAAGUCUGGAAAUUUUGCCUAGUGUAAUAUAUCUUUUUUUGAGAAAUAGAGAUUUUAGUGUAUUUAUUAUUUAUUUUGGGUUGAGUGGGAUCGUAAGUUAUGUGAUUUGAUAGAUUUAUGUAGCCUAAUUACGUUUUAAAAUUUUUUGGGUUGAUGUCUAGUAUAAUAUAUGCCUGAUGUCUGAAUGUUGAUUUUUUAGAUUAUAAUGAAGUACCAGCCCUAAUAUUUCUAUACUGUUUUUUAUGUGUUGUUUUUGUUGAUUAUUUACCAUAAAAACGAAUUUUUUUGUCAUUUAUGCCUACUACAAUAUAAUUUUUUUCAUUUCAGCAACUCUUAUUGCCCAUGAUGCUUCGGGAUCCUGUUCUCAAAGCCGCCAUGGUCCUUGUCGCUUUUCCAGCCACCUUUUUCGACGUCCGCAAUCCUGGCCAUCUCCCCUUUGACUCGGCUCUUCGAAGAAAAUGCACAAACUUUGUCGCCGAGGUCUGCUGCAACGUCUUUCAUGACGCACCAUUUGUUAAAAACGAUCUCAUGGACUUGUUGAUUGAGUUGGAUAAGACUUGUAAAUCCUGUUAUUGGAUUCAGAUGUCAAUUAUUGAGAUCCGAAAGGCUGUCCGGGACAUGACCGAGCUCAACAAUAGGACCCCCUGUGCUAUCCGAAUGCCAGAUGAGGAGCGUCUAGCGGCUGCUAAAGGUAUUUUAAUAUUUUGAAUAAGUUUUUUUUGAGUUUAGAAACAUGAUAUUGUACUAGGUAAAAAGUUCAAUUCUGCAAAAAAUAGUGAUGGGAUUUAAAUCCAACUUUUGAACAAUAAAAGGAAAAGUGUAAAAAGCAUAUGGGAAAAAAUUGUAGGUCUUAGAUUUUAUUGUCUAUUGAGUUAUGCACAUUUUUAUUUUUUAAACCCCCUGUUUUUGGCAAAAUUUGUUUCUUGUCCGACAAAGGACGAAAAUGGCAUCCUUCUAUUUUCAGGAGCCCAUGUCUAUCCUAGAAGAGUCUCUUAUAGCAAAAUUGACGAACAUUUCUUGGGUAAAUCUUUUUGGUUCCACCCACUUAAAAUUAUAUUUCAACUGGUCUAAAUUACUAUAUUUUCAGGCGAAAAACGAAGUCCAAUAAACACGGUGAACCAUCUCCAGACGACAAAUGGCCAAAUCCUGGUGAAACAGCUUCCUCAAUGCUCAAAAGCACGUUAUGUUCGAUUCCCUGAGCCGUUUAACAAGGUGAAUUUGGUGGAGUGGCUGAAGAAAAGUCCCAAUAAAGCUCGAAUUGAUGGAAUUAUCAAGACUAUUUUCACGAAUUGGACCUUCACCUUCAAUGAUGUGAGUUUUUAACCGAUUUUUGGGGUAAAAUGUUUGAAUUUCGGAUUUUCCCGCCAAAAUUGGCAUGGUGUGUCAAGGCUAAAGGAGUAAUGGACUUGUUGGAAAAUGGGGCUUAUAGUGAGAAAAGAGGAUUUUGAAUAGCUGGAAUGAAGAUUUGAGUCAUUUUAAGAUUGAAAUUAUAUUAUUCAUGAUGGUUUUUAGCAUUUUUUUUGAUUAAAGUGUUUUGCUGAUAUCUAUUAGGCAAACUUUGUAAUCCUAUUUGCACGACUUAGUUUGAUCAUGGUAUUGUAUUUUUAAAUAUUUUUUGAGAUUAAUUUACCUUAUUUUAGAUCCCAAUAAUCAACUAUGCCGACAACCCGGAGACUCGAAUCGCCUUGGCCAUCUUCCUCGACUUUGAUCGUUGCCUAGUGGAAGGUUUGAACCUCGUUGCUACUGCGAGGAAACAAAUCUUUCUUCUCAUUCGGACCAUAAUGCAAAAAGCGAUGCCCCCGAAAAAGUACACAAAUCUGCAGCUGGAACUGCUUUUGAGAGAGCUGGAUGUGGUCUGCAAGACUGAUUACUUCCGGACUCUGAAGUUGGUGGACGUUGGAUUGAGGGAAAAGAGGUAUUUGAGAUCAAAACGGGCGAUGGCAGCGAGAGAGCGCGAAAUUGAAGAGGAGUAUGAAGAAGAUGGCUCCGAGGAGAAGGUUUCCAGGUACGAAAAGCAAUGGCAACGACAGAAUAUCAGUCUCAGACCUCAACGGCUCAUUUUGAGACCACCGAAGGAGCCGGAUUUUUAUGAAAUUCCGGAGAGAACCGGGCAGGAAAAUGAGGAGGAUCUGGCAGAAGAUGGCGAUCAAAUUGGCGAAAAAGACCCCCAGAAUGGAGAGGAAGUACCCGGCGAACAGGUGGAGGCCCCAAAUGGAGCCUUGAACAAUGUUUUCGAAGACAAAAUGGAUGAUAUCCCCUCAGGGCUCAAGAAAAUUAUUGAUCAAUAUCGGGAGGUCCCGAAGGUCAUGAAGGAAGAGCUCCCGGAGGAAUAA